UUUAAAAUUAGCCUAAUGCUGAAAGCUUAAACUUUUCUAGCUCAGUUGAAAAAAAGUAUCAGUAAUUUUCAAAUUAGCAAAGCAAAAGAAAAUAUUUCUCUUGGAAGAAAUAGAGUAUCUGUAAGGUUAAAUAUAAGAACCCGUCAGUCUUCUGAACAUUCUGGGGUGGUGCCAUCACAAUGAUAUGACCAAAAAUGUUUUGUCUUCUUUCAGAAAAUAGCAGUCUAGUUACAUUUUAUCAUCUUUGUACAGACUUCAAGUUCAGUUGAUUGAAAGUAUAGAAUUAGGCUAAUUUAGAAAUACUCAAGAAAUACUACUGAAGCAGGACAAAUAAUAUCAGAAUUCUUCCAUAGAUUGUUUUAUUUAAAAUAAAAAUAGAUACAUAUCCUAGGUGGUAAAAACUCUGAGAAAGAAUGAGGAUUUGAGAAGAUUCAAACUUGUAACUACAGUGAAAGUUUUAGCAGGAUGCUUUUCAGAGAAGGGCAUUGAUAUUUCCUAAACAUUUCAGUAGCCCCUAUCCCUUUCCCCAUGCAUAUUUCAGAAUUGAGAUUUGAAUAGAGGCUCUUUGUUGAAUUUUGCAGUCUGCCAUUUGUUGUUCAGAACUAAUCAGAACUAAUCAAUUUAGCAGAUAAUUCUAAGUGGAUUUUACAUCUGAAAUAAAUUCUAGGUAAGUUAUAGUAUAUAAAAUAAAGGGACUUUAUGUACUAAACAGUAAAACAUACACACAGGGAAACAAUUGGUGAAGUAAAAGAAGAAGAAGAAUCUUUAAGAUAUUAUUUGUUGGAAAAGUUAGAAGACCACAUUCUGAAAAUAAUUACUAAACUACUAUGAGCUUAAUGGUGGAUUGGCUGCUGUGCGUUGUAUCAUUUCUUCUAGGAUUAUGUACUUCUGACCAUGUCUGCAGCCCACCUGAAAUUGACUUUGGAAGAAUUGAAAUGAAUAAACAAAAGGAAUAUCUGGAAAAUGACAGAAUACAAUAUAACUGUUAUCCUGGGUAUGAUUUGGAAGGGUCUGACUGGAUAACAUGUAAAAAAGAAGGAUGGAUACCACCACCAAAGUGUUUCGCACCCUGUAUUCUCACAAAACAGCAGCUUGAUGAUAGAAAUCUUCUUUUGAAUGAUGGACAACGGCAUUCAGAAUGGAUAAGAAAUGGGCAUACAAUAGAAUUUACAUGCAGGAAAGGAUAUUCCAUUGUAUCUCCUUCUGUCAGAAAGUGUGUUGAUGGGAAUUUAACUUUACCUUCCUGUAAUUCUUCUGAGACUUCUAUUGCGGCUGCUAUCACUUCUAGGAGACUGCCACCACUAGUAUUGAAUUCCUCUUCACCAGUCAUUUGCCCUGCUCCUCGAGUAGAAAAUGGUAGCUUUUUCCCUCUGUGGAUGAGUUACAACGUUGAAGACAUUAUCUACACAACAUGUAAACCAGGAUAUAUGCUUGAAAGUCAUAAAAAUAUCUCUAAAUGCACCAAAGGUGGCUGGUUCCCAAAUCCAAAAUGUGUCAGAAAACAGUGUGACUUUCCUCUUAUAGAGAAUGGAGCACUAUCCUGGUCCAAUAUAUUUUAUAGUGAUGUCUCUUUUCCCAAAAAAGUGGGGCAAACAAUUGGUUUCAAAUGUAAUCAUGGUUUUCUGGCGAGAAAUAAAAAGCAUUGGGAUAGAAUCAAAUGCACUAAUUUUGGUUGGGAUCCAGAACCACAAUGUUAUAAACAGUGCAUUCCUCCUAAACACUUGCCACAUGGUCGUGUGACUUAUAACUAUGGGAAUACUUUCAUAGACGGUGAUGAGAUUUCAUUUAAUUGCGAUAUGGGAUAUUAUCCUGAACACCAUUUACCAAUAGCCACAUGCAGAAAUAAUGACUGGUUUCCCACUAUGAACUGUGUCUCUACAGAUAUUGAUCCAUCAACAGGGUGAAAGACAGUUCACCCAGUCUUCUCUUUCUUCUCCAAACAUUCUAGAAGAAUGAGAGGUAGCAGCCUGCUCUUUCUAAAUCUAUUUUGAUAGCUUAUUAUAUAGGGCCAUAGGCAGAACCCUACUGGAGAAAGAUUCAACUUUAAAAGCUUAGUCACACCUGUAUAAUAAACUCAAGGCAAUCCAUGGUUUAUAAAUCUGAGGUGUACAGCACAGAAGACACAACUUACAACAAAUAGGUCCAAGAUUCGUCGAUCCUUUGUAUCAUCGCUUUGUAUCUGUAUUUACUGCUUUCUAUUUGUUUUAAUAAUAACUGAAUUAACUGGACCUGUUUUCAAAUGCAUUUAAUUAUCUUUAUUUUGUGCCAUUUUGGUUGCAUAAAGAAAUAACCACCUUUGGAUUUUAGAUUUUUAUCAAUAGACUAACAUCGCUAUAAUGCCUUUUACUACUUAAUGAAUCCCCUGGAACUUUUAUUAAAUGUCUUAUAUCAAUAUAUGUAUUUCUCUUCUGUAAUUAUAGAUAACAUAGUCUAAAUAUAAGGUACUUGCUGUUUUUCCUAUUAAGCAUAUGUGAACACUCUGCCAGGUAUUCAAGCAUAUGUCAUUUGAAAUAAUGGUGAACUCCAAGCACAUUUUUUUUUUGUAAAAUAAAACCAGGACUCUGUAGUGAAUGUUUUUAUUCCAUUCUCAUCCGAAAGAUGACUUUACAAAAGCUGAAUUACAGAACAGUAUAACCUAUGUCAUUUUCCCCACCUCCAACUCUACAGAUUCAUAUAGAUGAUGAAGAAGUUUUUAAUAGGUGAAUUUUACCAGCAUUUAAAUAAUACUGGUAUACAUAUUCACAUCUGUUUUUAUAUUGUAUGUAUUUAUAUAUACAGAUACACACUGUUAAUUUGUCUUGUGAGAAACAGAUAUAUUUUCUGAAAUAAAUAUGUUAAAAGCAACAGCAAGCUUUAUUUACCAUUUUGAGGAUCUCAAACAUCUUAUGAAUUAAAGCUUUCUAUAAUGAAAUCUACUUAUAGCAGAAAAUCUACCUAAUUGAUUGUUUUAUGGUGGAAAUCUUCCUCUGCCCGCAGAUAUGUUGGCUUGCCAGUGUAUAAUGUGCUUAACUAAUAGUACUUUUAUUGUUGUUGUUAUUCUAGUAUCUCAGGUGUCUCCGAAGCUGAAAAUGCUGCUGGUACAACCAACGUUAUUAAUAAAUGUUAUAACUAA